AUGACUGUGCAUGGCGAACCCUUCUUGAGAGUUAUCAGAGUAUGCUACAAUAUCGCACUAAAUAGGAGUGCUGAAAUGAUACAUAGUAGGAGCAAAACAAGAAAGCAAAAGUCACCAACUCCUCCUCUUCCUCAUCCUCCAUCCAACAAGAAAACCCAACCUUCUUCAUCAAAACCAAAGCAGCAAUUCAACAACACCACCACUCCAAGAAAGUCCUAUUACUUUACAAGACAACACACCACUUCCCCUCAACAACAACCAAGAAAAUCAUCAUCAAAACAGAGACCAACAAUAAAGACUAGUAGAAGAACAACUACUCCAAGACUUUCUUCUUCUUCUUCUUCUUCUAAGUUUCUUGUUAUCAAUGUGACGCCUACCAUUAACACUACUACCUCCGAUGGUGAAUCAGAGUUCCAAGCAGAGCCAGAAUUCAGAACAGACCGUGUUCUUCACACCGACUCUAAUUCUAAUUCCUCCUCGCUUGAUGACAUCAUCAUUGACGUCGACAACAACUCCAUUUCCACAACAAAAUCUGACAUUAACAACAAACAUCUUCCUCUUCCUCCAAUUCUCACCAAACCAAAGAACCAACAAGAAUCUAGAAACAAGAACAAGAACGCCACCACCCCGUGUUCUAGAAGAUUCUCCGUUAGCUCAGCCGCAGGGGCCAGGAGGCUUAGGAUCAAUUCUCCCAGAGUUUCCGGAGCAAGUUUCCGGAAACUCCAUCAUCAGGCGGACGCAUCACACGGCCAAAGAAGCACUACUUCUUCGGCCGUUAUUGACGCGUCCGCCGGACAAGGGAGGAGCGUUUCGGGAAGCUUUGCGAUAGUAAAGUCAUCGUUGAAUCCGCAGAGAGACUUCAGAGAAUCAAUGGUGGAGAUGAUUGUGCAGAACAACAUAAGGAGUUCGAAGGAUUUGGAGGAUCUUCUUGCUUGUUACCUAACUCUGAAUUCAGAUGAGUAUCAUGGCUUAAUCAUCAACGUCUUCAAGCAAAUUUGGUUUGAUUUAACUGAUAAUAACAAUAUCAAUUACAUGUAUCAACGACAAGAAUAACAAUAUUUUAUAUUUUUUAGAUUAAUUCCAAAAUCAAAAUUUUCUCA